AUGCAUCGGGACAUCGAUAGCAUCAAGUCCAAGGAGGAGCAAUCAGAUGGAGUAGCGUCUCCAAAGCGAGCCGAUGGCAAGAUUGAAAUGCAGGAAGAGGACUGCUACGAGAAGCUCGGCUUCUGUUUUCCGACAUGGAAGAAGUGGUCGAUUCUGUCCGCCAUCUUCAUCGUCCAAUCCUCGAUGAAUUACAAUUCCAGCGUCUAUCCUAAUGCUGUCCCGCAAAUUGCCGAACAUUUCGGUGUUAGUCUCCAGGCGGCUCGGUGCGGUCAGAUGGCUUUCCUCAUCGCCUACGCCUUUGGAAGUGAGCUCUGGGCCCCCUGGAGUGAGGAACUCGGACGCUGGCCGAUUAUGCAGCUUAGUCUGUUCCUCGUCAACAUUUGGCAGAUCCCUUGCGCCCUCGCACCAAACUUUGGCACCAUUAUUGUCGGUCGCUUCCUCGGCGGUAUCUCCUCUGCCGGUGGCUCCGUGACGUUGGGCAUGGUUGCCGACAUGUGGGAAUCAGACGAUCAACAAUACGCCGUUGCAUUCAUCGUCUUGUCCUCUGUCGGUGGAUCCGUUCUGGGUCCUAUCGUUGGGGGUUUCGUGGAAGCAUACCUCGAUUGGCGAUGGAACUUUUGGAUCCAGCUCAUCUUUGGUGGCUUCACGCAGAUCAUCCACUUCUUCGUCCCCGAGACACGCGCGAGCGUCUUGGUUGACCGCGAGGCCAAGAAGCGCCGCAAGGCUGGUGAGAAGAACGUCUACGGUCCUGGAGAGCUCAAAGAGCAUCGCUUCUCGAUAAAGGAAAUUCUCAUUGUCUGGUCCCGUCCCUUUGAGAUGUUUGUUCGCGAGCCCAUUGUGUUGUUUCUGUCGCUUCUCAGUGGCUUCAGCGAUGCCUUGAUCUUCACCUUUUUGGAGUCAUUUGGUCCCGUGUUCAAGCAGUGGGGUUUCGGCACCGUUGCCAAUGGUCUGGCUUUUAUUUCGAUUGCCGUUGGAUACAUUAUCGCCUACAUUUCUUUCCUUCCAUGGAUCCACAAAGACCGGAAAAUCCGUCGCCGCGACCCGGAUGCUCUCCAGCCCGAGACUCGACUCUGGUGGCUUCUCUUCACCGCCCCUCUUGAGACUAUCGGUCUUUUUGGGUUCGCAUGGACCAGUUUAGGCCCUCCCCACGUGCACUGGAUCGCCCCCAUGAUUUUCGCCUGUCUGAUUGCCAUUGCGAAUUACGCCAUUUACAUGGCUACAAUUGACUACAUGGUGGCCAGUUACGGUCCUUACUCGGCAUCUGCCACUGGUGGUAAUGCUCUAGCUCGUGAUUUCCUUGCCGGUAUUGCGGCAAUGUACGCGACACCUUUCUUUGAAAAUGUCGGCCACAAAUACCACCUUGAAUGGCCUAGCACCAUUCUUGCAUUUAUUGCCCUCUUCGUCGCCAUUCCCAUCUACAUCUUUUACUGGAAAGGCCCUCAAAUCCGUGCUCGGUCAAAGUUUGCCCAGACCUUGGCAAGCGAUCGCAAAGCGCACGAGGUUGCAACUGCCGAGAAAAGCCGCGAGAAACGGUCUCGCGGUGGCGCCGCUCACCUCGAGAAUGUUUAA